AUGGGAUUCGAUUAUUAUGGUAUACUAGGCGUGAAGCGUUCAUGCAGCCAAUUGGAGAUCAAAAAGGCAUACCGAAGGCUCGCCUUAAAAUACAAUCCCGAAAGAUACGACAAUGACGAAAACAUGCGCCGAAUAUUCGCCCUCAUCGGCGAAGCUUACGAGGUAUUAGUUGACCAUAAACACAGAGCAGUUUACGACCAGUACGGAGAAGAAGGCCUGAAGAAGGGAGUACCAGGGCCCCACGAAUACAUCCAGCCUUACUCCUAUCAUGGAGAACCUAUACGGACCUUCGAAGAGUUCUUCGGCACAACAAAUCCAUACGCAGAUCUUCUAGACUACUAUGAAGACCCCCCACCAAUGUUCGAUUCCCCCCUAGGUAAGGGUUACAAAGAAAAAGACCCUACAAUAGUCAGACCUCUUGCUUUAUCCCUUGAGGAGGUCUACAAAGGCGGCUUGAAGAAGAUGAAAAUACAACGCCUAGUUUUCACAGACGAGACAUGUUCCGAGCUGAAGCUGCGAGAAAAAGUCCUAUCAAUUCCCAUAAAACCAGGCAUAUACCCAAACACUGAGGUCCGUUUUAAGGAGGAAGGCGAUCAGGGGCCAACAAGGAUUCCAGCAGAUGUCAUUUUCAUAACAGAAGAUAGACCUCAUGAGCGCUUUGUCAGGUCAGGGCUGAGCGACCUCCUAAUGGUUCGUACUGUUACAUUGCAGGAAGCAUUGUGCGGUUUUAUGAUAGACAUCAGAACUUUGGAUGACAGAAUCUUGCACGUAAAAAUCUCCGAUGUGGUAACACCUGCGUAUGAGAAGAUCUUGGAAGACGAAGGCUUGCCUGUACCCGUAUGCCCCAACAAAGCGAAGGGUAAUUUGAUAAUACGUUUUCAAAUAGUGUUCCCAGAUUACUUGUCCAAACGUACUAAGAAGGCAUUUGAGGAAGCAUUUAGAGUCAGGGAGGAGGAAGAUGAGAAAUUUGCUAAAUUGAAAUGUGGUACUUUGUCUACGACUUCUUUCUAUAAACUAUGA